AUGCUCCAAGUCGGGAUUGGAAUUAACGCGAGCAAGAAGAAGUUGACGGAUAACGCAUUCCAACGAUUCAUAUCGUGUCACAUCAAACAACAUAAAAUUACAGCAAACAAUGUUAAAACUAUUAUCGCCACUUUAAAUCAUAUCACUGUCACUCCAGCACUGAAAUACAUGACUACACUAAAUACUUUAGACCUCUCCGAAAACAAAAUUACUGAUGUGACAAAUGAAGUGUUAAACUGGACGUCAUUGACACUCCUGAAUCUUUCACACAACAAAAUAACAAAUGCGGAUUUCAUAUUCCAAAUGACAUCGUUGAAGUCUUUGAACCUCUCAUACAACUCAAUUACAACCAUCCCAAGUGAUCUGAAAAGUCUUUCCAAUUUAACCGAGUUAAAUUUGGGUUGGAACCAACUCACAGACUUUGACUAUGAGUGCAUGAACGGGUUGAAGUCCAUUCAACGGUUCGAUGUUACCGCAAAUCGGAUAACAACAGUGAAACACACAGAGAGUUUGUUUUACAAAACGUUUGGAACACCAUUUGCUCAAGUCCUUCCAAAUGAAAUAGCCCCGCACCUCUAUUUGGGGAGUAUGGAAGCUACAGUAAAACCAACUCUCCGCGAACUCAAAAUACACGCCGUCCUCUCUAUAGGAGUUAAACCACUUUACAACAGCAAAAAGGUAAUCUACCUGUAUAUACCAUGUGGAGACACACCAACAGACAACAUCGCGCAACACUUUUCAGAAGCAUUUGAAUUCAUUGACCAAUACAUCUCGGAAGAGAAGAAUGUGUUAGUCCACUGUGUUGCUGGAGUGAGUCGGUCCGCCUCAAUUGUCAUCUCUUAUAUCAUGAAAAAAAUGAAAAUGACGUUCCCAGAAGCAUUCCAAACUGUCAAGGAUAAAAGGCUUUGCGUUUGUCCUAACCCAGGAUUCACAGAGCAGCUCCAGAAAUUCAAGCCAAAGUGA